AUGGCAGAUGACGCCAAAAUAGCGCAACGUUGGAAGCAACUCAAGCAGCAUAUACUGAACCAGCCGCAACAUAGGCCGGUACAACGCGAAGCGCAGCAGCCGCUGCAGCCGCAACCACAAUCACCCAAGCACCCGCCUCAGCAGCAAACACAGCCGCUCCAGCAGGUGCUGCCAAAGCUCCAGGCGCAGCAGGCGCUAGAGCUAGCUACCGCUCCGCAGCAGCAGAGGCAACAGCAGCCAACGCAGGCGCCUCAAUCCUCUUGCGUGGCAUCUGCAGCGGCAACAGCGAACGACCCAGCAACAUUUGGUCCCAUUAAUCCAGCAACCACAAAAAUAACAACGGCAACAACGGCGGCCAGAGUCUUCUCGCGUUACGAUAGUCUUGAGGAGCUGCAGCAGCGUACGAGCAGAAGUGGAAGCGCAAUCGGGAUAUUGCCAGUGGUCGCGGCACAGGGUCCACAAGGAUCGCGUGGCAGUAUAGCAGUUGGAGCUGGGGUUGGCGCGGCAGGAUUAUAUGCGUCUGCGGGUGCACGUUUACCAGUAGCCGUCGGUGUUAGCGGCAAUAGUGGAAGCGGCAGCGGUGUUGGUGUGCGCGGUUCGAGCGGUUCGCGCAGUGGUAGCAUAGCACCUGGAUUAGAUGGUCAUCGUGCAGUGCUGAGUACCAGUGGAACAGGCGUGGUAUCGCCGGCUGGUCAACAGUUAAGCAGGAGCAGUGUGAAUGGCUAUUCAACGGCAGCUGCAGCGGUUGGUAUUGGUGGUGGUGUUGGCAUCGGAGGUGGCGGUGGAGCGAGCGGAGGCAGCGGUUCACAAUUUAUAGGUAGCACUACAACGACGACACGAGGGCGUCUCUCAAUCAGUUCACCAUCUGGCGCUGGCGCAAGCGCAUCUGCAGCGGCGAUACAAGGCGGUGCGUUGGUCAAGGAAGUAGCGGUGUUGGUGCUGCCGCAGGUAGCGGAAGUCCCGGGACUGGCGGUGUUGCUGGAGCAGGUAUUCCUAAACGCCAAGGAAGCUUUUCGAAUGUUUUCUCGAAAUUAA